ACCCCUCCGGCCCUCGAUACCCCCUUGCAGUCUCCAAGAGUUUGUUUUAGGGCUCAAGUCUUCCUCUACCCCAAAAUGGGCAGACAGACCUGGGCAGGGGCGGAGGCGGAGAGAAGUUUUCUUCGUCGAGAGCCUUACCCUGCUGCUGGGAACAGCCGCUGUCCAGGAUCGUGGCGAGGGAAGCAUUCAGCCCGGGCUCUGGUCCCUCCAGGGAGGACGGCGGCCCGGGCACAGCAUCGAGCACAGGUUCCAGUUGAAAAUGGUCCAGAAAUAUCAGUCUCCAGUUCGAGUCUACAAGUAUCCAUUUGAGCUGGUCAUGGCGGCCUAUGAAAAACGUUUUCCGACAUGCCCCCAGAUACCUGUGUUCUUGGGCAGUGAGAUCAUUCAUGAAUCCAAGAGCCGGGAUGGAUCCAUUCACAUUGUUGAGCGCAGCUGCAAACUGACUGUAGAUGCACCACGGUUAUUGAAGAAGAUUGCUGGGGUCGAGUAUGUUAUCUUUGUGCAGAAAAAUGUUUUAAAUCGGAAGGAUCGAACUCUUCUUAUUGAGGCCCACAAUGAGACAUUUGCCAAUCGAGUCAUUGUUCUUGAGAACUGCAGCUACACUGUUCACCCCGAGAAUGAUGAGUGGACCUGCUUCGAGCAGUCAGCCUCUCUUGACAUCAAAUCAUUCUUCGGCUUUGAAAAUGCCGUGGAGAAAAUUGCGAUGAAGCAGUACACGGCCAACAUCAAGAAGGGGAAGGAAGUGAUUGAGUAUUAUCUGAAUGAGCUGAUCUCUCAGGGCAUCUCUCACAUCCCUCGAUGGACACCUUCUCCUGUCAGAGAAGAAGAUCAGAGAAGCUUGGCAGCUGACAAGCUAGACACAGACUACAUUGAGCAGUAUUUGGGGCAUCUCACCCCCAUGCAGGAGAGCUGCUUGAUCAGACUCCGCCAGUGGUUACAGGAAACACAUAAAGGAAAGAUUCCCAAAGAUGAGCACAUUCUUCGAUUCUUGAGGGCUCGAGACUUUCACUUUGAAAAGGCCCGGGAGAUGUUGUGCCAGUCCUUGAACUGGCGAAAGCAGCACCAAGUGGACUACAUCCUUCAGACAUGGAGGCCCCCACCCCUCCUGGAAGAGUUCUAUGCAGGUGGCUGGCACUACCAGGAUAGAGAUGGCCGCCCUCUCUAUAUCCUGCGUCUUGGCCAGAUGGAUACAAAGGGCUUGAUGAAGGCAGUGGGAGAGGAGGCACUCCUUCGGCAUAUUCUUUCAGUUAAUGAAGAGGGACAGAAGAGGUGUGAAGAGCACACAAAUCAGCUUGGCCGCCCCAUUAGUUCCUGGACGUGCCUUGUGGAUCUGGAAGGGCUGAAUAUGCGGCACCUCUGGAGACCUGGGGUGAAGGCCCUGUUGCGGAUGAUUCAAGUGGUUGAGGACAAUUAUCCAGAGACAUUGGGGCGGCUGCUUAUUGUGCGUGCUCCUCGUGUUUUCCCUGUGCUGUGGACAUUGGUGAGCCCCUUUAUCAAUGAGAACACCAGGCAGAAAUUCCUCAUCUACAGUGGCAGCAACUACCAGGGCCCUGGAGGACUUGUAGAUUAUCUGAAUAAAGAUGUGAUUCCUGACUUCCUAGGAGGAGAAUGUUUGUGCAAUGUCCCUGAAGGGGGCAUCAUCCCAAAGGCCCUCUAUCAGAUUGAAGAGGAUCAAGAGAAUGCGGAUAGGGUCCAACUGUGGACUGAAACUGUCUACCAGUCUGCAAGUGUGCUCCAAGGGGCCCCCCAUGAGAUAGCAGUGGAGAUUCUGGAGGGUGAGUCAGUGAUCACCUGGGACUUUGACAUUCUGAGGGGAGAUGUGGUUUUCAACCUCUUUCACUCCAAGCAAGCACCUGAACCAAGACCCAAGGAGUCCAAGGCUGGGAGCAGCGUACAACUCAUUGACCAAAGCUGGGUCCUGGGAGUGGAUUACAGCCGUGUGGAGUCUCCGCUGGUCUGCCGGGAAGGCGAGAGCAUUCAGGGCUCCCACGUGACUCGCUGGCCAGGUUUCUACCUGCUUCAGUGGAAGAUGGCCACUCCUUCAGUCUGUGCAGCCAACAGCCUCCCUCGAGUGGAAGAUGCCCUGCAGAGCCCUGGUCACAAGUGUAAACUCCUAUACUACUAUGAGGUCCUUGCAUCUGUAGACUUCAGGGGAUCCAUGUCCAGUCUGGAGUCCUGUACCAGUGGUUUCUCACAGCUCAGUGCCACUACAACUUCUUCCAACCAGUCCCAGAGUGGCUCCCUCAUCUCCAGAUAGCCGGGUCUGAGCCAUGUUGGGGAUCCUGCUGUACUCCAGCGCCUGGAAGUGUCCAGAGCCAGAAAUCCUGCCUAACCUGAGGGCCAAGACCAUAAGGACUGGUGGCCUGGGUUCAGAGGCUGCCAGAGUUGCUGGCUCUCUGGGGUCUACCAUGAUAAUCAGCUCACAUUUUGGUUUUAUAGUAGGUGCAUCUGAGUUUUUGGCAGAUGCCUCAUUAACAAGACUUAACAAUUCUAACUUAGCCACUUUGAAUGAGCCCCUUCUGGUCUCCACUACUCCCCCCCUCUCCAAAUCUGGAUUUGUGAUUUCAUCAAGGUAGGGAGUUCCUAGUAUGGAGAUACUCUCCAUUGAUGCACAUCACUGGAAGUAUUGAGAAGUUAGGUAACUUGCCAUGAACACACACCUAGUAUGUGUCAGAGGCAGGACUUCAACACAGAUCUUCCUGAGCACAAGGCUGGCAUUCUCUCUCUCCACUACCCCAUGCUGCUUCUCAUUCCCAUGUGUAUACUCUUAUAUCCUGAAGUUAAUGGCCAUUUCCCCAGGUCUGGCCUUCCAGUGGCAGCGCUGUGAGGAUGGGUCUAAACAAGGCUAGACCUGAUGGGGUAUCAUCCUUUGUAUUACGGAUGACACUUGGGAGGCCAGGGCGGUUUUGUUGCGCACCUAGGAGUUGUCUUCUCUAGAGUAAAACCUAAUGGUCCUGAUCUGUCAAACCAAAAUAUGGUAUCAGCUCUAAUUUGAUCCCAGAGUGGGUUCUAGAGCUGAUCUGGUCUUCUGAGGGUCCCCAAGAGAUAAUUUCUGAACCAGAGAGAAAUCAUCUCCUUCUUCUAUGAGGUGCCCGAAGAAUGGUCUCACCAAAUUCACUCCCUUAUCAGUCCAUAUUCUGCCUUGGGGUCCUGGGGUGGGUAGGGAUGAGAUAAAAUUGGAGAGAAUAUAGUAUUUAUUUAGCCAUUAGGACUUAUUCACAGGAAGAUAAGUGUUUCCUCUAUAGCCAUAGCCUUAACUGAGCCUUUUCCAAGUGGUGGGGUAUGUAACCAUCGGAAUUGUACAGACUGCAAAUAUAUCCACCUCAAUGUAGGAACUGCACUUCGGGGCAUGGAGCACGAGGACUUCCAGACUAAUUCAAAACCUGGAGAAGAGGGGAAACUGUCUGUCCUUCCUAGAGCAUCCUUUCUCCCACCUGUCCUGCAGAGAGCUGGGCUGCCCAGUGAUCCCUGGGCCUCUGACGAUGAGUACCUGUUGGCUCUUCUCUUUCCUUCUCAGGUAUAUGAGCAAUAAGUCAUGUCAAAGGGCUAAAGAAAAGCAGAUACCUUUUCCUGAAAUACUUAAGGUACAUUUUUGUACUUCAGAGCCUACCUCUCUUGGAGAGCUGCUCUGUGUGUGUGUGUGUGUGUGUGUGUGUGUGUGUGUGUGUGUGCACUUGUAUGUAUGUAUGAGAUUGGAGGGAAAAGGUUCUUAAAACUUUUUAAUCCCAAGAUUUAUUUAUUAUUGAGAAUGGACUGCAUGUUGUAAAAUAUAUUUGAAUGUAUUUAUUUCUAUUUUGACUAAAAACUAUUAAGUUAUGAACUUACCUAUCUUUUGGAAUAAGCUGACUUUUUAAAAAAUUCACACAGUUAUGAAAAUCUAAUGUAACACUCAGGAGGAUUAGGUCUCUGCUUCCAGCUCCAUUCUCCUUAAGGAGCAAAAGGACAAUUUAAGGCUUGCUCCUUCUGUUAAGACACACACCCUUGCUUCUUCAUGGCUUGUGAGACCAGAGAUCUGUCCAUUGCAGAGAUAAUCCAUCUCUGCAAGCCCUACGUGAGGUAUUGUGUCAUGACAGAGCAUAAAAGGAGAGCAUUUUAUUUCCUUGCUAUACCAGAGACAGUGUUAAUGUGUGAAAGUUGAAUGAUCCAAUUAGACAAAGAUUCCUUUGAAUGUGAAUGGAUGAGUAAAAUCUUUCUUUAAAUGGGAUUGUAAAUACUUUGUGACAAGGGAAGAGGGUAAGGAGGGAAGGAGAAUGAGUUUUUGGAAUUAGCACCCAAAGACUCUCUUCAGGUCCACUUCAUUGUGUGGUUUUGGCUCUGUACUCUAGAGAUGUUUGGCAGAGAGAAUUCAGGCUACCUCUACUUUGUCCCUCUUCUUGAUGAUAGCCAGAGGGAGGCCCUGGAUGGUAUAGCUGGUGCCUCCCAUCCAUACCAGGGGCACUUCAAGGCCAGUACCCACAAUUUGAUCACUACUAGUGGGCACAUCCUUUUGCUUUUGGGAAACUACAAUAUCAAAGCUUAGGGGCUGCUUAGAUAAAAGAAUCCUAGCCUUCUGCUUUCCCUUGCCUUGAGGCCCUGAGGUGGGGCUGGGAACAAUGCUUGAGUUGAGCUUUUUUUUUAGCUAUCUUGUUCAUUGGCCCAGUGGAGUCAGGGCUAAAGACGCUAAAGGAGCCUGUUCAUAAGAGCACUUUGCAUUUCUAACACUUUGCACUUCUAAUGCUUUUCAUCCAAAGAUUAGAUGGCAUUCCUCCAGUGAAUUCACCACUUUGUUCCUGGGGCAGAGGUGUGCUAAGCUGCUGAACACCAGAGCUUUGGGUCCUGAGAAAACCAGGAACUCAGCCAGGAACUAGGAUAAUGUUUUUCUUGGGAUUUUUAAUUAUUAGAAAUACUAUAAUAUUUUGGCCAGGUGUCUCAUUCCCUCCUUCCUCCUUUAGAUAUCUUUAAUUCCCUCUCCCUUUUCCUAUCCAGCAGGAAAACCAACUGAGACAGUUUUUUUCUUCCUCCAGUUAAGAGAACAUUUCCUCCUGUAAACCACUCACAGAUUGGAAGUUGGGCAAGUAAAGUGGGACAAGAGUUACCUUUACUAGUGUUUUGUCUGGAUUUCUCCCCUCAUUUUCUUGAGACUCUGCUCCUUUUUAGAGCCAGGUGUCAUUGCUUCUGGAGUCUUAGCCUAGAGGAAUAGCUGUGAGGGGGUAAAUUCCUAUAUGCAUAAAUCUAAACCAUGUUGGGAAUCCCUAGUCUCAGACCAGAAUCUACUUGUUUUAGAGAGAGCCCAAAGGAGAUGGAUCUCGGAGCUCUGAUUGGCAUAUAGACAGGUAUCUGACUACAUUUUUCUGAAAAAGCUUUAUUGUCCCAGAACAAUAAAAUUAUAGUUAGGAGUCAGAGAAUUCCUCUUUGGCUGCCUGAAAAAGGAUUCAUUUCCAAUGGGCUGUGACAGCACAUGUAAAUCCCAGGUAUUAUACCCUACCUAGCCUUUUUCUUUAUAGGAAUCAGGGGUUCACUUCCCAUUUACUAAGGAACUAGGGUAGAAAAGUUCUGUUACCAGUUUGACAGCAGGAACCAUGCUCUGUUAGUUCUAAUUACUUUGCUAAAAUACAACAUGUGCUUAACUUGAUUGAAAUAAUUUUCUUUUUAUCUUUGGGUGGGUGACUAGCUUGGUGUAAUGGAAAGAACAGUGUGACCUCAGGGACAUCACUUAUUCUCCUGAGGCCUCAGCUUACUCUUCUGCAAAUGAGGGAGUUAGAUUAGAUGAUCUUGGGACUUUUCUUUUUUUUGGCUCUAAAUCCUAUGAGAUAAAAAGAUUUUGUGAUUAAAAGAUUUUUCCUCUUGAAAAGUGGACCUGUCUCAGGAAAAUCGUGGGAUAGAGUUUUUGGGAGGCAGUGAGGAGAACAAAGCUCAGUGACCCAAGGGCAUUUGAUGCUGGCUGUCUAACAAGCUGUAGUUUGUUAAACUCUUAGAUAUAUUGAUCUCUACUGGAAGAGACCUACCUACUUCCUGGAAGCUUCAUGUUACUGGAUAAAUCCCAUGGGCUCUCUGUGUGUGAAGGCAGAGCUAGCUCCCUUGUGUUUUCUUGAAACUGGGGAAGAAAGCUCUGGGGCUGGCUGGCUGGCUCUUCCUUCUGUGGCUGGUUUGAGCACAAGCCUUUUGGGGCCCCCAUUCUUCAUCAGCUUCAGUGGAUGCCAAGUGGGGCAGUGUCUCAAUGUUGUCACCUUAAUUUUAUGGAAGUUUUAGCUAUGACUGGCAAGAGUUAGAGGGUAAAAGGUAGACGUCCCAAGAUGCUGUGUAGGGGUCAGAGUGGAUGACUUUUAAGGAAACUUAUUCAAUAAGUGCUUAUUAAAUGCCUAUCCUAGGCACUGGGGAUACAAAGACAACGACAGCAGUCCCUACCCUCAAAAAUC